UACAUUCAAAUCACAGUAGUCAUGCAAGCGUCAGUUGAAGAGGUCGGUUGAGCGCUGUAUACUAACACAGCCUCUAAGAACAAACUACAGCAGACACAUUUUCAGGUGGAUUAUACAAACUGUGGAAUUUAUUUACCACAAAAUGCUGACGACAAAAUGGACACAAGCAGCUCUGGCGCUGCUAAUACUCGCCUUUCUCUACUCAAACGCCGUCACAGCUGCAGAGAUUUUGGUCAUAGUCAUGGUCAUUGGUGAUGUUGCAACUUUGAUACAAUGGUCUUAUCCCAGUGCACAGACCGUCAGCUGGAAAUCUACCAACUUUAAAACCAUUCUGACUUGGGAGCCAUUACCAACAGAUUACUCAUACACUGUGGAGUUCUCUGUGGUGUCAAGGGACAAACAGAGGAACUCUAAUUGCAUACGUAUCUCGACAACUAUGUGUGAUCUGACCAGUUCACUGACUGACUUAAAUGCCUGCUAUGUAGCCGAUGUCCUCUCUGAACCUCCACUGGGAGCAACCUCUGACCUCACCGAGUUUCCCUAUACAAGCUCAUCACGAUUCUGCCCCUCCAAUGACACUGAUAUAGGCAGACCUGAUUUCAAGCUGGAGGUGAGCAACAACAAAAAGAAGACUACACUGCAUGUGACUGACCCACUCACUGCAUUGUUUAAAGAUGAUCAUCAGCUGAACAUCAGAGACAUUUUCUUAGAGAAGCUACACUAUAAGGUUACAUAUCGUAGAAAUAAGAGCUCUGGCAAGAAAGUGUUCAUCUCAAAGACCAGCAUAAUAGAGCUGACUGAUCUGGAUCAAGGAGAAAGCUACUGUUUUAACGUUCAGGCCUUUAUUCCAAGCCGCAAUGUCAAUAAACAGCUGGGAGAGUUGAGCCAAACUCAGUGCUCUGAUGAUGACAAACACUCCAUCUUUGAAGUCUAUUCAGUGGGUGUGAUUGCAACUGCCAUCCUCCUCAUCCUGGUGCUGAUCAUCAUAACAGUUGUCGCAAUAGUAUGCUGCAGGCGCAAGAAGACCACCCUUAAAACUGAAAAGGAAGGAGUUCCACUCCAGAGUGUGUAGAGGGUUCUUAUCACAGUAACAUAUUAGUAAUACGGUAUACAGUAGCUACAGAUAUAGCUCACUGGAUGAACAUAAAACUACUCCCAAGAUUUUUUUUUUUUAACACGACAAUCCACAUUUUGGUUUCUGUGAAACCCACUUUUGAAUUUAUCAGCCAUUCUGUAGGCUAUUUUAGAAAAUAAUAUAGAACAUGGUGGCACGGUUGACGACUGGUUAGCACAUCUGCCUCACAGUUCUGAGGACCGUGGUUCAAAUCCUGGCCCCACCUGUUUGGAGUUUGCAUGUUUUCCCCGUGCCUGCGUGGGUUUUCUCCGGGCACUCCGGUUUCCUCCCACAUCCCAAAAACAUGCAUGGUCGGUUAAUUGACAACUCUUAAUUGCCCGUAGGUGUGAAUGUGAGUGCGAAUGGUUGUUUGUUUAUAUGUGCCCUGCAAUUGGCUGGUGACCAGUUCAGGGUGUACCCCGCCUCUCGCCCGAAGAUAGCUGUGAUAGGCUCCAGCAGCCCGUGACCCUUGUGAGGAUAAGCGGUACAGAAAAUGGAUGGAUGAAUAUCGAAAAUGCUAAAUCACAGUGAAAACUCCUGCCACAUGAAUCUUUACUAACGGUAUUAACAUCACCUCAGUGGAAGCUCCAGACUUCUUUGCCACCUCUGCUUAUUCCACUAAGGCUCAAGUUUUCCUAUUAUUUGUAUUUUUUAUUUUUACACGUUACGGUAAUGGCGGCACGGUGGAAAACUGGUUUGCACAUAUGCCUCACAGUUCUGAGGACCCAUGAUCAAUCCCCGGCCCCGCAUGUGUGGAGUUUGCAUGUUCUCCCCUUGCCUGCGUGGGUUUUCUCCGGGCGCUCCGGUUUCCUCCCACAUCCCAAAAACAUGCAUUAAUUGGAGACUUUGAAUUGCCCGUAGGUGUGACUGUGAGUGCGAAUGGUUGUUUGUGCCCUGUGAUUGGCUGGCAACCAGUUCAGGGUGUACCCCGCCUCCUGCCCGAUGACAGCUGGGAUAGGCUCCAGCACGCCCAUGACCCUAGUGAGGAGAAGCGGCUCAGAAAAUGGAUGGAGGUUACGGUACUUUUUUAUCCGUUGUUCUUAGCAUCAUUAUCAUUAUUAUCCAAUUGACAGUAGAGUUUUCAAAACCAAAUUAGAUUACAAACUCAUGUUUUGCUCUUUAUAUUUUUAUGUUUCUCUUUUUUUCUACAGUUUUUGGUUUCUUUGGAGCCAUACUAAGAGGCUAAUUUAGGACAAACAACAAAGUUAAGUGCAAUUUGUGAUGCAAGGAGCAAAUUAUUUUACAUUUACACUGCAUGAGAAAAAGCAGUACUGAGCCUCCGCAUGAUACCAAGACAGAUAGUGAACCAAAGCAUUGUGCGUGAAUCAAGGCAAUAUUUAUUUGAAAACGUUUUUUACAGUAUUGUGUAUUCAUGCUGCUUUUGCCAGUCAUUAUAAAAGAUUAGUUUUUUAUCAUCAUAAGAACAUUGGACCUCAUUCACUAAUAAAUGCAUAGAAACUUGCGCAUAAGUUGAGCAUAUACUGUAUACGCAAAGUUACCGUUGCAUUCAUGACCUGCGUACCAACCAAUUUUCUUGUUAAUGAAUCGAAAUUCAUUCUACAGGAAAUGAUGGGCUCGUGCCCGCAGCAUCUUGUCUGCACAAAGCACACUCCUAUUUACGGAGUUAGGUGAUCCAAAACUUCAAUAACUUUCUAGAUCUUUAUCCAAUAUUCAAAAGGUUGGUAUCCUCAGAAAGCUUGCUAAAUACAGAAACUGACAACAUACAGUGUAAUACUCAUGUAAUAGUCAUGUUAAUCAUUCCACAUUAAUUUCAAAGUUAAAUUACAGAAUGUGCCACAAAACAACCAUACAAAACAAUCUAAGAGCCGUGAAAAAUAUAUUUUUGGAGUUAAAAAAAAGUGAUAUAUUAUUUGAGAAAAGUUUGUAACUCUUCAAGAAUAAAGUUGUUGUUUUUUUUAAUGAAAAAAACUCUUACCCACAUAAAGAUACUGUGAACUGCA